AUUGUACUGAUUGUAGGUAGAGCUGAGAGCUAUUACAAGUUAUCACUGCUAGCCAUCAAUAAUGUACUGGACUCCAAAGCUGUCUCCUAUGUAUCACUCGCUUUUAUUGAUCUAUCCAAAGCAAUAAAGCUAAAACCCUCAUUCAUUAGUCUGUGGAAACUGAUUGGAGAUUCUUGUCUCUCCUUAUAUGGCAUUGCCGAAACUGUCGCUAGCAUCAGUGUUCCUUCUGAAUUGCUAGGCAACAGCAAGGGAUCGGAAAUUAUUGGUAAAAAGGCUUUACUUGAACUUGGGCUAAAAUCAUACAAGUGUAGCCUUCAUUUGUGUGAUGGCAAAUCUCCUUAUCUUCUUCACAAUCUUGCACUUAAUUAUUACCACCUAGCAGAGGUUGAAGACGAUAAAGAUGUCUCAAAAGAAUAUUUAGAAAUCUCAUUAAAAUUGAUUAAAAAUGCAAUCACUCUAUCACCGAGAGGUCACACUCACUGGAACGCCCUCGGAGUAAUAGCAAUGCACUCUAUUCUCAAGGAUUAUGCUUUGGCUCAGCAUUCAUUCAUUUCUUCGUUAAAGAUUGAACCAAACAAUGCAGUAGUGUGGAGUAACCUUGGUGCACUUUACCUCAUCAAUGACAAUGUUAAAUUGGCUCAUUUAGGAAAUAUAUAAAUGAAAAUUCUCUCAUAGCAAUUUUUGCAGCUCAUUUCAUGACAAAAUUAUGUUGUGGAGCAAGUUGAAGCUGCUUCCGACCAAAAUGUACAAUAUUUGGCUGUGGGUCUGGCCAAAAAGAGUCACUUAGAGUAGUAACUGAGUGUAAAUAUGUAAAGCUUUCAUACAGAGAGUGAGAUAGUUGUGUACACAUUGUUGUAAUUGUUGUAUGUACGAAGA